AUGUCUGACCACGAGUACAUGUCACCCCAGGAAGACCAGCUCAGUCACAUCCACCACCCCGAGGACACACCCACCGAGCAACAAGACGCCAUUGACCAGCCCACCCCGCCAGCCGGGCUCAUCAAUCUCUACAUCGCCCGCUUCGAUGACCCGUGCGACUGGGCCCUCUGCAUGGAACAGGACGGCACCACCACGAUGGUCUACCCCCGCAACGGCGAGAAAUACUGGCAGCGUACCCUCCACUCGGAGGCGCAGACGAUCGGAACCGACGCGCAGCUGAUCCGGGUCGCCAGUGAUGUGCCGAAGGAGCAUGCUCGCUCGCUGGCGGGCACCGUGAAACACGUCCUCACCGACCCGCAGUGCCGAAGCCCAACCAGUGCGUUAUUUCAGCUCAUGGUGGUGCUCGGCAGGUUGGAGGUGAAUGCGGUCAUCCCCCUAAACAACGCCUUCUGGUUACUCACCGACGCAUAUGGUAUCCCGGGGAAGGAGCUCCAGUCGAAGUAUUGCACGAGCCAGAGUUCUGAUGGCCCGUCCCAGGACUCCGGGCAUGAGGAUCAGCCCGAGGGAUCUCCGACGCCUCUGCGGGAGCUGUUUCCCGAGGCGGAGGACGAGUGCCAGGACGCAGAGAUUGCUGCUCCGCCCGAUUGGGAGGAUCUUGCUCUCAUUGUGGAGAAGACGUUGGACAUGCUUGAGCUCUGUGGUUAUGAGACGGAUGAGAGUGGAAGUGUGUUGGAGUAUAGUGCUCCCUGA